UUAACARGAACGAACAAGGACCCAUUGUUGGAAUCAAGUUUUCGAGAUCGACAAAGUGUAUUCUUUCCCUUCAAAAAAUGGGAUUAGGGCAAUCAGCCAACGCUUCAAUGCAACUUGAGGCUUCGAGAUACAUAUCUUCACCGGAUGAUGACUUUAGAGAACUACCACCAGCAUGUCUUGACAAAUUCAUUGCUGAACAACUUCAGCCAGAUGAAGCCUUUAAUGACUUAGUUUCAAAGGCUUUGCACAACUUGUAUUUCUACCUACAAGUUAACAUGCGACCGCCGACUGUGAUAUGCCUUAUAAAGGGAGGAUCAAUGGGCAAAGGCACUGCAUUGAAAGGCAGGUCAGAUUUAGACUGCAUACUUGUCAUGAAUGGUGUAAGAGAUGCUCGUGAUUUAAKGGCGAAUAUGACUGGGAUUUUAGAUCAGCUCAAAGAGCUCCUUAACACGGAUCCCUUAAGAAAGAGUGGUUGGGGAAUCAAGAUCAUCAGAGACAACAUAUUCAUGGUGCAAAUUGAGAUGCAAAAUUUUGAACGGAAUGAAAGCGUAGAAGUGGACAUUUUGCCAACGUUUUAUGCAGCCGUUCAAGACGAAUAUUCUCGUCGGCAGCUUUAUAAUUCCAUGGCAGAAUACGACUGGUAUACACGAGAAYUAUGCUCUGCAGCACUAGCAGAGUUACAACGUGAUUUCAUAAAGCAGAGGCCUACUAAACUCAAAAGUCUUAUCCGUCUGGUGAAGCACUGGUGCAAGACGUAUCUACCACGGGAAUAUGGACAGCCGCGGAUGCCUAAUUCUUACCUGUUAGAACUUCUGACGAUCGAUGUCUGGGAAAAGGCAGGAAGCCCAGAUUGGUUUAUUACAGCUGUGUUGUUCAAAGAUGCAAUGGAAGCGUUAUAUAAUCACRAGCAGUUGUAUGUCAAGUGGGAUACGUACUACAGUUUAUCUUGGUCUCAAUAUGCAAAGUAUCUUGUCCAUCGGUAUAUUAUCCAUUGGCCCCAAAUAAAGGAUCCUGCUAACCCAUACAACAACGUCUAUAAAGUUGUAGGAGACUGGAAAAGGGUGAAGAAAAUAGCCAGAGAAACCUUAAAGAAGCCACUGCUAAAGAAUUACAGGAGCUCUGUUUUGGUUGCUGAAAAUAGAAGAACAGCAAUUUACCGUAUCGCGUGCUUUUUAAUUUUAUUAUUAUUAUAUUAUUAUUUUAACUAAUGUAAAAUAUGGUAAUGUCAUGUCAUGUCAUUUAUGUCAUAAUGAUUAUAUUUUGAUUUUUUGAUUUGAUUUUUUUUUUUUUUUUGGAUUUUAUCUCUUGAUACUGGCUCUCCCUUCUCCCUAUUCUUGGAUUUCGCGUGACGUCAUCAAACAACUAAAAUCCAAAGUAUUCACUCCACGAAACUGUUCGUUAAAUAUGUUGUUUAUACCGUCMUAAGAAAAGCUUUACCAAAAUAAUUAUGUAUUUUCAACCAUCGUAUUUUGUCCGCCAUCUUUGUGCCCCUCAAUCGGAUGGAGGACCCAUACAUUUCAACUAAAUUAUGUAGUAUAAUCAAUCGCUCGUAUCUCCAUAUCUAAAACUUCUUUUAACUGGAAAAAGUUUCGAUGACGUAAGUGAAAGCCAAAAAUAGUUUUUCGUUGUUUCUCCCUUCUUCCUGAUUCGCUCGUCCCGCUCUUUCUUUCUUAAAACAGUAAAUUGGCCAGUUUCAUUAUUUCGUGAAACGGGAUUCCACCGUUUUAUUUCCGCGGUAACAUGAUUCAUAAUUAUCCCCACCCCACCCCACCUCCGCCGCAACCCCCCUUCCCCCUUUCUCACCCUGUUCUCACCAUAGUUCUAUCAAAAACGCCAGUGAUGUCAUCGAAGAAACAAAAUAUACUUAUUGCCUCUAUACUUAUUAGCUCUAGUUUCGUAUUUCUSUCACGAUAAAAUUAGUCUAAGAAUAGAUAUGAGAUAAAAAGAACUUCAUUUUAAAGUCUACCUACAGUAAGUUAUAAAAGGGGAAUUUCUUUUCAAGUUCUUUGACUGUCAAGAAAAGACGUCUGAUUGGAUAUGCAUUUCGUUGUGAAAGCCCGCGACUUUUCGGUCAGAGUUCGCAAAAUUUAAA